AUGCUACCCAAGUUCAGCCCCAAUGAGAUCAAAGCUGUGCACUUGAGGUGCACCGGGGGCAAGGUUGGCACCACAUCUGCCUUGACCCCUAAGAUGGGUCCUCUGGGUUUGUCUUCCAAAAGAGUUGGUGCUGAGAUUGCCAAGGCUACCAGUGACUGGAAAGUUCUGAGGAUUACAGUGAAAUUGACCACCCAGAACAGACAGUCCCAGACUGAGGUGGUGCCCUUUGUCUCUGCCCUGACCAUCAAAGCCCUCAAGGAGCCACCAAGAGACAGGAAGAAGCAGAAAAGCAUUCAACACAAUGGAAACAUCACUUUUGAUGAGAUUGUCAACAUUGCCCAGCAGAUGAGACAUCAGUCUUUGGCCAGAGAACUUUCUGGAACUAUCAAGGAGAUCCUAGGUACUGCACAGUCUGUGGGCUGCAAUGUGUUCAUGACAUCAUAG